AUGGCGUCUUCUAUGUCACAGAUGCUUGUUCUACUUGGGCUGGAAUACAUGAGCUGCGGGGACUUUGAUCAGUUCCUACGGAUGAAGGGGCGGCUUGACAUCCCCAGUGCAAGAUUCUAUGCCGCUGAGCUUGUGUGUGCCAUCCAAUAUCUCCAUUCUAAGGGCAUCGUCCACAGAGACCUCAAGCCUGAGAACAUCCUGGUGGCUGAGACGGGACAUAUUAAGGUCACGGAUUUCGGUCUCGCACUUGAGAACAUGCUUGGAGACCGCACAGCCACCGAAUAUGCUGGGACAGAAGGCUAUGUGGCUCCUGAGAUGCUGGCUGAGGAGGAGUAUGGUGUCGGAGUGGACUGGUAUUCAUUUGGGGUCAUCUUAAAUGAAAUGAUUACCAGUCAGUGUACUUACGAUCCUACACUAUUUGACACAACACGCUCCGGCGCUAAAGUCAUCAUUAAAAAGCUCCUCCAGAGAGAUCCUGCCAAGCGCUUAGGAGUCCACGGUAACAUCAGAGGCCAUCAUUUCUUCCAGCAUAUUGACUGGGUCUCUGUGGAAGCCCUUCGGACGGCCCCACCACACAUCCCUGUACCAUCUAUACCUCAACGCCGUUCCACACCAUUCAACCUGGACGGAAUAGAGGCAGCAGCGGCCAAGAAGGGACCUUUACCAUUAAAACAUCAGGCCAUUUUCAGAGGGUUUUCAUUUGUCACCCGGUAA